UCAACUGUUCAUUUUAUUUCAAAAUCGGAGCUUGUCGGCAUGGAGACAGAUGCUCUCGGUUGCACAACAAACCAACAUUUAGCCAGACCAUCUUGAUUCAAAACAUCUAUCGUAACCCCCAAAACAGUGCACAGACGGCUGACGGCUCACACUACCAUUGCCCUCUUGAACAUUUACCGUAACCCUCAAAACUCUUCCCAGUCUGCUGACGGUUUGCGCUGUGCUGUGAGCGAUGUUGAGAUGCAGGAACAUUAUGAUGAAUUCUUUGAGGAGGUCUUCACAGAAAUGGAAGAAAAAUACGGUGAAGUUGAAGAGAUGAACGUUUGUGAUAACCUUGGAGAUCAUCUAGUUGGAAAUGUAUAUGUAAAGUUUCGCCGUGAAGAAGAUGCGGAAAAGGCUGUGAUUGACCUGAACAAUCGCUGGUUUAAUGGUCAGCCCAUUCAUGCUGAGCUUUCACCUGUGACUGACUUCAGAGAGGCCUGUUGCCGUCAGUAUGAAAUGGGAGAGUGUACACGAGGAGGUUUCUGCAACUUUAUGCAUUUGAAGCCCAUUUCCCGAGAGUUAAGACGCGAGUUGUAUGGGCGACGUCGUAAAAAGCAUAGAUCCAGGUCGAGGUCCCGUGAACGUCGGUCUAGAUCCAGAGAUCGUGGUCGUGGAGGUGGUGGUGGCGGAGGAGGAGGACGUGAACGUGACAGGAGGCGGUCAAGGGAUCGUGAAAGAUCUGGUCGAUUCUGAGCCAUGCCAUUUUUACUGUAUGUCUGCUAGAAAGUGUUGUAGUUUGACCAAACAAGUUCAUAAUGAGAUUUUUUUUAAAGAUGGGCUUCUGAAUAAAAAAUUUGUAGUGAUACAGUAUUCUUUGUGUAACUUGUUUCUUGUGGGGGGAGUCUUUUUAACUGUCAUUCCUCUAUCUUGACAAAUACCUGGAUUAACUAUGCCUGAGGGAAAGGUGGUAAAUGUACUGGAGGAGCGCCAGUUUUGGGUUUGUUUUUGUUUGGGUCUUUUUUUUAUUUGGGUAUAAUUUGAACUGUUGAUGAAAAUGUGUGUAUAUAAUAUAAAAUAUUAUAUACAUAGUAAAAAUAAUAUACUGCUUAAGAAACAGUUACUCACCUAGGUUUCCCUUUUCUGCUAUGCUGUCUGCUUAUUUAGGUUAGUUUAGGCACAAUUAAAAGGAAGGCUGUGCGAAAUGCAUUUAUUUACCAAGUAGAAACGCUUAGUUACAAAAAUGUAUGUUUGUUUGUUACCCGAAGUCUGUGCUCUGUCUAUCAAUGUGACUGUGGCAUUUACAAUAAAUCCAAUUUCUUGGUGUGAAAUCUAAA